AUGCCUUUCUUAAAGGACGCCGUGACACUUGUGAAGGAGCCACAUCAGCUGCCUGUGGUCCCGUUUUCGUGGUUCCUCCCAAGCCUGUUUGCUGCCUUCAACAUAACACUGCUGGUCUUUUUGAGUGGCCUUUUCUUUGGAUUUCCUUGUAGGUGGCUGGUUGAGCACGGGGAGUGGGCCUUUCCCAUGGUCACGGGCCCGCUCUUCAUCCUCACCUUCUGCAGUCUUGUUUCGCUCAACUUCUCAGACCCUGGUAUCUUACAUCGAGGCUCUGUUGACGAGGACCCCAUGACGGUGCAUGUGCUGCGUGUGAACCAAAGGGCUUUCUGCCUGGAAUGGUGCCCAAAGUGUUGCUUUCAUCGCCCACCCCGGACCCACCACUGCCCCUGGUGCAACAUUUGUGUGGAGGACUUUGACCACCAUUGCAAGUGGGUCAAUAACUGCGUCGGUCACCGCAACUUCCGCCUGUUCAUGGUGCUGGUCCUGUCCCUCUGCCUCUACUCAGGAGCCCUGUUGGUCUCCUGCCUGGUGUUCCUAAUUCGCACGAGCCAUCUGCCCUUCUGCGUGGACAAGGCAAUGGCCAUCCUGGUGGCUGUGCCGGCUACCUGCUUCCUGAUUCCUCUCUUCAUGCUGCUGCUGAUCCAGGCCGUAUCUGUGAGCUCGGCGGAGCGCUCCUACGAGAGCAAGUGCAGGUACCAUCAGGGGUACAACCCCUUUGACCAGGGCUUUCCCAGGAACUGGUAUCUAGCGAUGUGUGCGCCACUGGGUCCCAAGUACAUGUCUGAAGCCAUUUAUCUGCAAAGACCUGUGGGGACAGAGUGGAUCCGUGAGAACACGCAACCCUCUCCACCGCGUCCUCCUGAACACUGUACUCCAGGUCCCCCUGGGCCCCAGCCUCAACCUCGGCACACAGCAGGGAUGGGGAUCCUAGGGAGUGGUGAGGCUGCAGUUCUCCAGGAUUCUGGCUCAAUGACUAAGACCCUGGCCUGUGCCCAAUCCUAUACCUGUGAGGACCCUUUGCCUAAACUUGUCACAUUAGACCUCCUCUGUCCCCUAGCAGCAAUGGAGAACAAGAGGUCAUCAGCUUUAGGGGCUGAGAGAGCCAAGACCCCAGUUCACGGGGCCACCGAGCCACCUGGCAAGGCUCUGGAGGAGGCCGUGGCUUCUGGCAGCGCCAUUCUAGAUUUCACACUCUUCUCCCGAGUCCACAUGUCCCGCUUUUCUGUUCUGAAACCUGGCGUUUGGUACAGCGACCUGGAACGCUUGCAAUUUUGUGACCUCAGCUCAUCGGUCCCUAGGGCGAUGCGCCACCUGUCCACCAUGAUGAAGGAAAUGCCGCGGUUUCCUGCCCCGAGUCUUCGAGUCUUCGUUCUCUGCUUCAUGAAGUGCAGGGUUGCAGGAGUCAACCUGCAGGUCUCUGAGGAAUAG